AUGUAUCUGUUGAUACUCAAACAGUUUGCAGUGCUCCUCUGGAAAAAUUUUACCCUCAAGAGGAGGCGGUUCAUUAAUUUAUUAUUGGAAGUCUUAACAGCAUUGACCUUUCCAAUGAUGAUUUUGCUAUUCCGUGUAAAUACUAAGAUACAUGAUACUCGAGCUUACAAUUUUAUUCCUCAAUCCAUCAGUUCUCUGCCUUUUUCUCUCCAAAAUUCUGAAGACUGGGAAUUGCUUUAUGUGCCUUCUAAUAGUAAUGUGGUAAAAGAGAUCACUGAGAAUGUGAAGAGGAAUCUAAACAUCAGUAUAAAAGUUAAUGGAUUUUCUUCAGAAACUGAACUUGAGAGAUACAUUGAAUAUGACAAUAAAACACUUAAAGUGCUGGCUGUUGUUGUUUUUGACACUGCCUUUCACCACAUAAAUGAUACCCUGCCACUUCAGGUAAAAUAUCAUCUGCGUUUUCUUAGGAUGCAAAGGACUCUUUCCUGGCCAGACAACAUAGGCUGGAAAACAUCCUUACUCUUUCCUAUUCAUUCUUCUUUAGGACCCAGGAACCCAGAUUAUAAUGAUGGAGGAAGUCCUGGAUACAUCAGAGAAGGGUUCCUGGCUUUACAGCAUGCCUUAGAUAAGGCCAUCAUGCUGUAUCAUCAGAAGAAUGCUAGAGAUCUGUUCAGUAGAAUCAGUGUCUUCAUACAGCGAUUUCCAUACCCAUCUUAUUCUCAGGAUGUAUUAGUGUGGGCCGUGAAAUCUUUCCUCCCUUUGAUGUUUAUUCUCAUGUUCUCACCAACUGUACUUUCCAUCGUGCGAUCCAUUGUGUCAGAAAGGGAAAAAAGAUUGAAGGAGUACCAGCUCACAAUUGGACUGAGAAAUUGGAUGAUCUGGGCGGCCCACUUCCUCACAUUUUUCUUUUUUUAUAUCAUUAUCAUCUCUUUGAUAUGUGUGCUUUUCUUUAUUUUUGGUGAACCCGUCUUUCGCUACAGUGACAGUAGCUUCAUCUUUGUCUUUCUUAUGUGUUAUGCCAUUUCUUCAAUAUUCUUUGCCUUUAUGGUUAGCACAUUCUUCAAUAAAGCACGCAUGGCUGUUUCUACUGGAAGCAUCCUUUAUUUUGCCAGCUUUUACCCAUUUAACUCUCUAACACAAAACUAUGGGCACAUAACCCUUACCAAGAAGGUGGCUUUUUGUCUCAGCUCAAAUGUUGCAUUGUCACUGGGGAUUAAUCUUUGGCUCAAGUUAGAAAUAAAAGAAAUUGGUGUUAAGUGGGAAAAUCUUUGGACUCCAGCCAGUCUUGAGGAUAACCUUGUCUUUGGCUAUUUGAUGGGAAUGCUUUUACUUGAUGCUUUCUUGUAUGGCCUUGUGACCUGGUUUAUAGAAACUGUCUUUCGAGGGCAGUUUGGCAUGCCCCAACCAUGGUACUUUUUUCUUAAGCACUUGUACUGGUUUGGAAAACCAGCAGUUAAAAGGAAAACAGAAGAAGUGACACAGUGUAGGAACACUGAAAGCAAAUAUUUUGAGCCUGAGCCUACUAAUUUGGUGGUAGGGAUCCAGAUGGAACAUUUGCACAAGGAAUUUGGUGACAAGAUAGCAGUAAACAACAUGUCUUUGAAUUUAUAUAAAGGACAGAUCUCUAUUCUUCUAGGACAAAACGGGGCUGGAAAAACUACAAUCAUAUCUAUUCUCACAGGCCAUUACCCGCCUACCAGAGGGGAGGCCUAUAUCAAUGGAAAUGACGUCUCAAAGAACAUGGUUGAGAUUCAAAGAAACUUGGGCUUCUGCCCACAGCUUGACUUGCUGUUUAAUGAUUUGACACUAUCAGAACACCUAUUUUUCUACUCUGUGAUAAAAGGAAUACACCAAAGUUUGCAUUCUACAGAAAUUGACCACAUGCUAUCUGCUUUUGACCUGCUAGAAAAACGUGAUACAUUUUCAAGGUCACUAAGUGCAGGAAUGAAGCGUAAACUCUCCAUCAUCAUAGCACUUAUGGGGAACCCCAAGGUGAUUAUACUUGAUGAGCCAUCAUCGAGCAUGGAUCCAGUCUCAAGGAGAGUCACCUGGAAUCUCCUUGAGCAACAUAAAACCAAUCGGACCAUCUUACUGACCACCCAUUACAUGGACGAAGCGGACAUCCUGGGUGACCGCAUUGCCAUCAUGGUCAAUGGGUCCCUGCAGUGCUGUGGCUCUGCAGUCUUCCUGAAAAAAAUAUAUGGCGCUGGAUAUCACAUAGUCAUGGAGAGGGGACCAUACAGUAACACUGAAGAGAUCUCUGCGGUGAUUCGCUCCUAUGUCCCCAAUGCCACUUUGGAGAACAAUAUUGGAACUGAAUUAUCAUUUAUCCUGCCAAAAAAGUAUACACACAGGUUUGAAGCUCUGUUUACUGACCUGGAAAAGAAACAAGGAGAGCUGGGCAUUGCCAGAUUCGGUGCUUCAAUCACAACCAUGGAAGAAGUCUUCCUUAAAGUCAACAUACUGGCAGAGGCCAAGAUGGACAUUCAGUCUCUCCACACCCCUUCCUUGGAGUACCAAAGAAUAAGACAAGGCGUGCACAUGUACAGAAGUUAUGAGAGAGCAAUCUUUUCCAGAUUGAAUGAAAUUGCUACCAUUAAAUUUAAUACUGGGUUUCUACUUUAUCGCCAGCAGUUUUGUGCCAUGCUUAUAAAGAGAGCAUUAUUCACGUGGCGUAAUUGGAAGUUGAUGUUGCUACAGUUGUCAGUAAUUUUACUUGUCACUACAUACCUCUUGAAAACGGUAGACUCAAAUAACGAACUGCCCAGCAGAGAAAUGGAUUUACGUCAAUAUGGUCGAACAAUUGUCCCUUACUCAGUUUCAGGGAAUUCUGAUCUGGCUCUGAAUUUCACAAAGAACCUGAAGACUUUUCUGAACCUUAAGAAUCAAGAGCUCCGGGAAGUGCAAGGUAAUUUAACAAAGUAUAUAUUGGAAAAUAAAGAGUGUCGCGAUUUCUCUAUUACUGCACUUUCUGUUGAGGUUAAGAAAAACAAAAUAAAAUUUACUAUUUUGUUCAACAACGAGGCAUACCAUUCACCUGCAACCUCUCUGGCAGUGUUCGACAACAUUCUUUUUAUGACCCUUUCUGGCCCUGAUGCUUCCAUUAGAACUUCCAACAAGCCUCAGCCUUUCCCUAUUUAUGGUUCUAAAACAGUGAAUGCAAGUGGACUAGAAAUAUUGUUGUGCCUGACUUUUGGCAUGGCCGUUCUGGUCGGCAGCUUCUGCCUGCAGACAGUGACCGAGAUAACCACGAAGGCCAAGCACAUCCAGUUUGUGAGCGGCGCCCGUGUGCCUGCUUACUGGCUUGCCGCUCUGCUGUGGGAUCUCAGCUGUUUCUUCGUUCCCUGCUGCUUGCUAUUGGGUGUGUUCAAAUACUGCAGAGUGGAUGCAUUUGUUGAAAACUACCACUUUCUGGACACAAUGAUGAUCUUCAUGCUGUAUAGUUGGUCUGCUGUCCCUCUCAUAUAUCUUGGAAGCUUCCUGUUUUCUAGUGGUGCGGCCGCCUACAUCAAGUUGACCCUCUUUAGCUACUUCUCCACUGUCUUCAGCACCCUCAUCCAUAGCAUAAUGCAGCACUAUGAUCGUGACUUUACUGAAAUAACCAAAACAAUGGUAAAUAAUGUACUAAUGGUGCUUCCUAGUUACAACUUUGCAAUGAGUAUCAUCAAAUUCUUUGAUAACUAUGAGUUGAAAAAAAUGUGUUCCAUGCAAUUGCGAAGUUUGAACUGUGAUAAAGCGGAGCCUUUUAUUAACAACAAUAUCUACAGUUUUGAAGAAAAUGGCAUUGCAAAAUUUUUGGUUACAUUGGCUGUCAUGGGCUUCUUUUAUCUCCUCUUGCUUUUGUUUCUGGAGACUAAAUUCUGGAGCCUGAAAAAUUUUUUCUUUCAAAAUAUUAUAUCUAAGGCCUACAACGUACUUAUUAAAGGCAAGAAGGCUGUAAUGUCCAGCAGAAUAGAAACAAUGUAUGAGGAUGAUGAUGUAAAGAGGGAAAUGAAGAAAGUCCUGGCACUGCCUCCUUCAUCCAGUGUGCCACUGCUGCUUAAAGAGGUGACAAAGGUUUAUUAUAAGUGUCCAGUUAUAAAGGCUGUAAGAAGUAUCUCCCUUCAAGUCAAAAAGGCUGAGUGCUUUGGAUUACUUGGAUUAAAUGGUGCUGGGAAAACCACUCUAUUCAAAAUGUUGACUGGAGAAGAGACCAUAACCUCUGGAGCUGUGUUAAUCAACGGCACUAGUAUCACUGAAAAUAUCAGAAAGAUUAGGUCAGAAAUUGGCUAUUGUCCUCAACCUGAUCCCACGCUGAGCCAUAUGACAGGUCGAGAACUGCUGACCAUGUAUGCCAGGCUUCGGGGGGUCCCUGAGCCCGACAUUUACAAGUACGUGGAAGUCUUUUUGUAUUCAAUGCACCUGGAAACCUAUGCCGACCAACUUUCCUCCACAUACAGUUGGGGAACCAAACGGAGAAUGAAUGCUGUCAUUGCUCUAAUGGGGAGGUCCUCGGUGGUCUUCAUGGACGAGCCGUCCACUGGCAUGGACCCCGUCGCCAGGCGCCUGCUCUGGGACAUAGUGACCUGGCUGUGUAAACAAGGCAAAGCCGUGGUCAUCAGUUCCCACAGCAUGGAAGAAGGUGAGGCCCUCUGCACCAGGGUGGCCAUCAUGGUAAAGGGGAAGUUCCAGUGCCUAGGAACCCCUCAGCACCUCAGGAACAAACUUGGUAACAUAUACUCUCUGACAGCAAAAAUGAAGGCUGAUAAUAAAGAUAAACUAAAGGAGUUCAAAACAUUCAUUGCCAAAACCUUCCCAGGUAACAUCAUCAACCAAGACCAUGGAGGAAGUGUUGGCUACUACAUUCCGAGCAAGGACAUUUGCUGGGGAAAGGUAUUUAGUAUUUUGGAAAAAGCUAAAGUGCUAUUCAACCUAGAAAACUACUCCGUCAGUCAGAUAACACUAGAGCAAAUCUUCCUGACCUUUGCCGAUAUUGAUAAACAUAGAUAG